GCUUCGUCAUCUUUGCACCAUCCCAUCCCAUCCCAUCCUCUCCGAACCGACCUGCUGAGCGUGGGCACAUACGGAUACAUAUGUACUAAGGAAAGGCUGCUUGUAUCUCUCUCUUCUGAGCCCUUUUCUUGCCCUUCUCCCCUUCGCCUCCAACCCCGCGAAACCCCAAACUCUAAUCGUGAUUCACUGUUCACUGUACCUAUUCUCUUCGACUUAAACAGGCGUCCUUUCUACCCGUGAUUCUCUCAGCCCGACCCAUCCCUCGCGAGCGAGCGAACGAACGAACAACCACUCUUAGCCACCUUCCACUCCCUUGCUGUGUGCGCGCGCAUCUCUUGAACUCAGUCGGCCUCUAUCGACUUACGGAUACUCACAAGUCACUGUCGCUCUCUCUGUCGCCCCUCCCACUUCCUUUCCCACCCUCGUCCCCUGCAUCCCAAUAAUAACUAUCCACGAGCUUCCCCAACAAUUACGCUUUCGCCUCCGCACACCUCGCGGCCCAGCUCAACCCAGCUACCCGACUACCGGCCUUGCCUAGGUUCGAGAGACCACAACAUCUCGGCCAAGAAAGUCAAAUCACUGUCGUCUCUAUCCCUACGUUCCGGCUCACCUGCUUCAAGAUACCCGCCCUCCAACCUGUUGCAAACGGCGACACAACUCCUUAGUCGCCAUGCAGUACGUACGGAAUCUCAGCGCCUCGGUCUCUUCGACAUGGAACUCUAUAAACCCGGCAACCCUUAGUGGUGCCAUCGAUGUCAUCGUCAUCGAGCGAGAGGACGGCUCUCUCAACUGUUCGCCUUUCCACGUGCGCUUCGGAAAGUUCUCACUGCUGAGGCCCUACGAGAAGAAAGUCGAAUUCAAGGUCAACGGCGUCAAACAGCCCUAUUCCAUGAAACUCGGCGAGGAGGGAGAGGCCUUCUUCGUCUUCGAAACAAGCGAUACUAUCCCGAGGGAUCUGCAGACUUCGCCCUUGGUCUCCCCGGCGUCAAGUCCUCCCUUGAACCCGGAGAAUCCCUCUUCGCCUGGACUCGGGGAGCCAGAGCUUCUGGAUCUGGAUUCGGAGGCUUCAAAGCCUCGACGACCGCCUCCAUCUGUCCUGCACGCAGCAACAUUCGGACCCGGACCCCAUGGGCUAAACACACCUCUAUCAACGUCCCCCGACCUUUCAUCCCACGCACGACUGCGAUCGGAAGACUGGGAUUCUUCAGCCGCCCAGCGCCCUUACAGUGAUGAUAUCUUGCGCAAAUCAGCUCGUACGAGCGACCGAGUAUUCGGCGAAGGCCUGACUGACUUCGCCAUGUCCGAGCGAUCACAAAGCCCUCCUCCGUUGGCACCCAAAGAAGCGCUGGAACGCGCUCUUAUGCUUUCCAAGGAGCUGUCAGCCAACAACAUUCCUAGCCAUGUGACCGAGAGCGGUGACCUCAUGCUUGACAUGACUGGAUUCAAGAGCAACGAAGAAGAUGUGUUCCGCGCCGAGAUUCUUGCGCGAAAGAUCCUCUCCGAGGAGCUCGAGGGCCCGUACGACAUUGGUUCGCUUUUCGGCAUGGACGAACAUGGAAAUAUUUGGAUCUACAGCAGUGAGGAGGCCAAAGAGGCUGCGAAGAAGAAGACCAUGGAAGCUGGCUACCGCCUCCAUUCCGUGAUCGCGGCGGAUGCUGCGUCCGACCCGGGAUACCAGAGCGACGGUAGCGAUGUGACUACCACCAUGCCUCCUCCAAACCACCGAAGGACCGAGUCAGACGCCGGUGCAUCUGGCCUGCACACUCCUCCUACGACACCUCCUCAAUCGACGGCUGGAGACCCAAACUUGAAUUACGCAAAGACGCUGCGGUUGACUAGUGAUCAGCUCAAAGACCUGUGUCUGAAGCCUGGAGAGAACACCAUGAGCUUCACCGUCAACAGGGCAACGUGCCAGGCCAACAUGUACUUGUGGAGGCAUGAGACGCCCGUUGUCAUCUCGGACAUUGAUGGCACGAUUACCAAGUCGGACGCUCUAGGCCACGUUCUCAACAUGAUUGGCCGUGACUGGACACACGCUGGAGUAGCCAAACUCUACAGUGACAUCGUCGCAAACGGAUACAACAUCAUGUACCUGACCAGUCGAUCAGUGGGUCAAUCCGACACGACUAGGGCGUAUCUCGCCGGCAUUCAGCAGGGUGAAUACCGGGUGCCGCGGGGGCCUACCAUCCUGUCCCCAGACCGGACCAUGGCCGCACUCCGCCGCGAGGUCUACCUCAGGAAACCCGAAGUUUUCAAGAUGGCCACUCUUCGGGAUAUCCGCAAUUUGUACGGCCCUGAUCGGACACCAUUCUUUGCUGGAUUUGGAAACCGUCUCACGGACCAGAUUUCGUACAGGACGGUGGAUGUUCCCAAGAAACGUAUCUUUACCAUCAACUCCAAUGCUGAGGUUUCUCUCGACUUGCUCACGUUGAACAAACUCAAGCUGAGUUACAUCAACAUCAAUGAGGUCGUCGAUCAUUUCUUCCCUCCCGUCAGCACUCUGGUCAAGGGUGGAGGAGAAGAGUAUACGGACUUUUCAUACUGGAGAGAUACCCCAUUGGAUUUGGAUGAAUUCUCUGCAAGCGAUACAGAUGACGAUAAUGAGCAAGCUGAUCUGGAAGAAGAUGUUGACGAUGACGAGGAGAUUGGUGAUGAGAUGGGACAGAGCUACAUCUCCCGAGACUCGGUCGACGAUUACGGCGACGAACGCGAAAGCAUCCUCAGUGGAAGCAUCGACGACGAUGACCAGCUGGCCGCCUCCAUCCUGGAGGAUGACGAUGCCGAUGACGAAGACGCCGAAGAGGAGGAGGACGACGAAGAAGACGAAAUGGCUGAGCUCGAAGUGCGGAAACAACGCGAGCGAACCCCUCAGCCCAGCGGCAAGGAAACCAAGUCUUCCACGCCGGCAUCAACGAUGCUCGUGGAAGACAUUGGCGCGGAGUUGAUCACUGGGGCUUCGGUUUACAAUCCUAAUGUUAAAGCAGGUGCGAACUAAUAUCUCCGUGUCGAUGCGCUUCUCUUGUACAAGAUCCGGGAGUUUUCAGAAGGUGGCUUGGUGAUUACGAGCAUGGUUGACAGGACGGGUUUGGGGGGGUUAGGUUUCCAGGAAGGGAAGUGUUGCGUUUGCAUAGCGGGAGGCGUUUGGACUUUGAUAUCUCUCACUCGAUAGUGAUCUUGCAAAAGACGCUACAUCACUCAACUCUGC